GCAGAACAAUCAAUAAACCCAUGUCAUCAUACUCGGUACAUACAAACACUUAUCAUUAUAAUCAAAUUACUAGCAUAUCAAUAGGCGCUCAACGAGUGCUGCGCCUACCUUAUCACUCAUCCAUAUCACGCUGAUAACAAUCUACUCGAUACUGAUAGACGGUCUCUCUCAUUGAUAUAGCAAUUGAAAUUAGUUGAUUGACAAAGCUACCAGAGUGCGCGAGCGCGAUACGGAAAAUAAAUAAACAAUAGCCGAAGACCCCAAAAUUAAGCAAACACUAAAUAAAGUAAACUCCUAUAGUUGGCCAGAGAACAAGAAAAUUUUCUAACAUAUUGUACUGCCUUACAAAGAAUGCAGUGCAUUGAGGGACUCGAAAAUAUAACCAUAUAUGCACAAGCAACGAUAUCAAUAGACAGCACUAAUCACAGCAUCCAUGAGAUACUUUUUGCGCCAGAAAAUUGUGUUUGGAAACGCAGUGAACCAACAUUUGCAGAAUAUGUGAUUUAUGCUUUUGUCGUCCCAGUGCUUUCCUGCUUCGGGUUAUGUGCAAACUUUAUCAAUGCUAUUGUUUUCAUGCGUCCCAAAAUGACACCAUCAGCAUUUACUUACCUUGCUGCACUCGGCUGGCUCGACUGUUUUUCUUGCAUACUCAUCUUGUUAACCGCGCUCUCGCGAAGCGUUUUCUACAACAGCAUUUUUUGGAUGAGGUACGAUUUCCAAUGGCAGACACCGCUAUUUAGUAUUAGCACCGGAGCGGCGAAUCUUUUACUUGCAAGCGUCAGCUGUGAUCGUUGGAUUUAUUUGAGGCAUGGAAUUGCAAACGGUGGUGGCCCACCUUGGUUUUGUCGUCGCAAAAUAGCUCGUCGUGUUAUUGGACUGGUCAUUGUUAUAACUGUGAUUAUAAAUAUUCCAUAUUUUUUCGUUUUUGUAGUCAAUGACGACGGCACAUUUAAAGCACACAAAUUAUACUACACCACUUUUUAUAAAAUAAGUAAUUGGAGUUCUUUGACACUGUUAACACUUUUGCCCGCUAUAUUUCUUGUGGUCGGCAACAUCGCCAUCGUUAUAGCGUUUCGACGUUGGACCCAGCAAAGCAGAAAAUUUCAAAGGAAUGGAAAUGCCAACUCAAAAACAACACAAAAGCGUUAUCAUCACCAAAUGAAGUUAACUAUUACCAUUAUCAUUAUAAUUACACUUUAUAUGGUCGGGGAACUGCCGGCAGCGAUGACAUCACGCAAAAGUGCUUUGAAUUUGCUCUUCGGCGGCGAUGUAUCCCGCGUAAAUUUUAGUUUGAUCUGUCGUCUUGAGCUGAUUUGCUUAACCCUAAAUGCACUCCAGCUAAGCAUGAACAUACUGGUCUAUGCCAUUAUAAAUCCAUCGUUUAUACCUGAAUUUUUCGAUUGUCUGCGUGGUGCUUCCGAUGCUUGUUGCAGCAUACUUUGCUUGAUGCCUCUAAUAAAGUGUGUACGCAGAAAUUGCUGCAGCACGAAAAAUGAUAAACAGCUAGACGCAAACCGUGGGAUAGAGUGCGGUUUGGAACAUAAAACUGUUGAUAUCCGCAAAGAGUGUGAAUCUGAAUCGCAACGGGUUGAAGUGAGAAAGAGUGUGCGCGGAGGCAACGAAGGCAGAAGCGCUAGCGAAACUGGCAAUUGGGAUACUGAACCCGAAGAAACUGCUGGUGUGUUUGGCUUCACCUUGUAUCGCAAUUGGCAGAACAGUGUAACAACGCGGCGCAAGCCAAAUUCUUAUCGCCUUAGCGGUAAACACAGCACACACGAGCAUGAAGUCUGGAGCACAGAAAUGGCUUGGAAGCGGUCCACUUCUUUUAGUGAGUAUGUAUUUGAUAAUCAGGUACUGCAAAUUGAUACUGUGAUCGAAGAAGUAACUCGUGCCAGAUUGGAAGAAAUUGAGAAGCAGGAGAAGAAGCAGUGCAAUGAAAUUAUAUUUUCGCUCCCUGUUUAAAUCAACAGGAAUGUACAAAAGAAAUCAAAAAUUAAUCACUGGUC